CACACUAGGGGAGAUAACGCCACCAUCUUCUGGCACAUCGACAAGAUGGCCGUCCACAGAGCCGUCAGAUUGCACGGCAAACAAGAUUUACGUCUGGAAACUGUGCCGGUGCCAGAACCCGAUGAAAAUUAUGUCCUGCUGGAAAUGUCCACUGUCGGCCUUUGCCGAACUGAUGUCCAUCUCUUUGAUGAAGGUCAACUUGACCACAUCGUCAUUAAGGAACCAAUCACAUUGGGUCACGAAACCAGCGGCACAGUCAGCAAGUUAGGCCCGGGGGUCACCAGUUUAGCCGUGGGAGACCGUGUGGCCGUUGACCCGUGCCGGACGUGCGUCACGUGCCGCUACUGCCGUGGGGGGCGUGGUAACCUGUGUGAGAACAUGCGUGAGGCGGGGGUCAUGCAGGUGGACGGGGGGUUCGCCACAUUCAUGACGGCCCCAGCCGACAGGUGCUACAGACUGCCGGAGAACGUGAGUCUUGAAGAAGGAGCUCUGAUAGAACCUCUGUCUGUGGCUGUCUACGGUGUCAAGCGGGCUCGUAUGGUGCCUGGUGAUGCCGUCGUGGUUUUUGGAGCAGGUCCCAUAGGUCUGUUCACCAUGCAGAGUGCUAAAGCCUACGGUGCUGGGCGUGUGUUGAUGGUCGACAUCAAUGAAACUCGCCUGGUUCUGGCGUCCAAGCUUGGCGCUGACGUCACACUAAAGCCACGUUCACCAAUGUCCGACCCCCAGGCACUGGGUGAGGAGUUGAAGUCUGCUCUAGGGGGCGCUGCUGACGUCUGCUUUGAGUGUAGUGGAGGGAAGGGAACGGUGGAUGCAGCUAUUCAUACUUGCAGACCCGGGGGUAAAGUCCUGAUGCUGGGGUUUGGUGAGAUGGCCAUGCACGUGCACCUGGGGAUGGCGGCCUUCAGGGAGAUAGACGUCCUGGGGGCUUUUGCCAGCAUCGGCAGUUUCCCAGAGUGUGUUGAACUAGUGUCCAGUGGAAAAGUGGAUGUCAAGUCUGUCAUCUCACAUCGGCUGCCAUUAGACAAGGUCAAGGUCGGAAUGGACCUGAUAAGACGAGGAGAAUCAAUCAAAGUUGUCAUCAACUGUCAGGCAUAGGAAGAUGUCAUCAAAUGUCAUGUGCUUACAUCUAUGUAAGUUUGGGUGAUCUUUAGUCUUUAGAUGUCAUGUGUACAUCUAUGUAAGAUUGGUUGAUCUUUAGUCUUAAGAUGUCAUGUGCUUACAUCUAUGUAAGAUUGGGUGAUCUUUAGUCUUCAGAUGUCAUGUGCUUACAUCUAUGUAAGAUUGGGUGAUCUUUAGUCUUCAGAUGUCAUGUGCUUACAUCUAUGUAAGAUUGUGUGAUCUUUAGUCUUUAGAUGACAUGUGCUUACAUCUAUGUAAGAUUGGGUGAUCUUUAGUCUUCAGAUUCAUGUGCUUACAUCUAUGUAAGAUUGAGUGAUCUUUAGUCUUUAGAUGACAUGUGCUUACAUCUAUGUAAGAUUGGGUGAUCUUUAGUCUUCAGAUGUCAUGUGCUUACAUCUAUGUAAGAUUGGGUGAUCUUUAGUCUUCAGAUGUCAUGUGCUUACAUCUAUGUAAGAUUGGGUGAUCUUUAGUCUUCAGAUGUCAUGUACUUACAUCUAUGUAAGAUUGGGUGAUCUUUAGUCUUCAGAUGACAUGUGCUUACAUCUAUGUAAGAUUGGGUGAUCUUUAGUCUUUAGAUGUCAUGUGCUUACAUCUAUGUAAGAUUGGGUGAUCUUUAGUCUUCAGAUGUCAUGUGCUUACAUCUAUGUAAGAUUGAGUGAUCUUUAGUCUUUAGAUGACAUGUGCUUACAUCUAUGUAAGAUUGGCUAAUCCUCAGAUAUCAUAUGCAUACCACAUCUCUAUAAGAUUGGCUAGUUUCUAAAUGUCUCUAUAAUUAAAAAGUAUACAAAUUCAUAAAAUGUAAAUUGAUUUUUAAAGCAAUGUUACCAAGUGCCUUAAAAACAAUACACAAUGAUAAAUCUACCAAAUUUC